CUGCAUCCCCACCACCAGACGCAAGAGGCAUUACGCAUUGCAGCAUGAACGGCAGCCAGCCCCCGCAGCGACGAUCCGCCCUCGUGCUCUAUGGCUCAGAAACCGGCAAUUCCCAAGAGGUCGCCGAGGAGCUGGGCACGUUGGCCGAGCGCCUCCAUUUCCGGACGCAUGUGGCCGAGCUAAACCACUACAAGCCGGAAGUGCUCAAAUCCCACACCCUCGUGAUCCUCGUGGUGUCGACGACGGGCCAGGGCGACUUCCCGGCUAACGCGAGGUCGUUUUGGAGGUCGUUGUUGCUGAAGAGGCUUCCGCCUACGUUCCUGGAAGGGGUCAAUUUCGCGUCAUUUGGGCUGGGAGAUAGCUCGUAUCCGAAGUUCAAUUGGGCGGCGCGCAAAUUGCACAAGCGGUUGGUGCAGCUGGGGGCGAAUGAGAUAUACGGAUGUGGGGAGGCAGAUCAACAGCAUCCGGAAGGGCUGGAGGGAACUUUCAUUCCCUGGUUGACCGAUCUGCGCAAGCACCUUCUCGAGACAUAUCCGCUGCCUCCAGGACAAGAGCCGAUACCGGACGAUGUUCAACUGCCGCCCAAAUGGGUCUUGACACUGCAGGACAAGGGGGAGUCGACAUCAAUAUCCACGGAACAGGCAGUUCCCGAACCCCAGCAAAACGAGAAUCCGUCCGAUGAGCUUCCCCGGUUGACUCGACUCAACCACGAUAUUAGACCGCUUCCCGGCACCCUGGCGGCAACGCUGACCCAGAACAAACGCUUGACGCCGCCAACGCAUUGGCAAGAUGUGCGGCAUGUCUGCCUUACGGUCCCAGACCAUGUCUCCUAUGUCCCCGGGGACAUGAUUUGCAUCACCCCGAAGAACUUCUCCAGCGACGUCGACGCGCUGAUCCAGAUGAUGGGCUGGGAGGAGCAAGCGGAUCAGCUUGUCUCCCUGGUGUAUAAUGGCACUCCGUCUCCGGAGGAAGAGGCCCCCUCUCCCCCAAUUCAGGGCCUUGAUUCAUACCCGCAGCUGACCCUGCGUGCCCUUCUUACAGAUUAUAUAGACAUCCAGGCCAUCCCCCGUCGGGCCUUCUUUGCAUCUGUUGCUCACUACACCAGCGAUGAAAUGCAUAAAGAGCGACUCAUUGAGUUUACAUACACUGGCCCUGAGUUCCUGGAUGAGCUCUGGGACUACACCACCCGGCCGAGACGAAGUAUAUUAGAAGUGCUGCACGAAUUCGACUCAGUCAAGGUGCCAUGGCAGCAUGCGGUCUCGGUAUUCCCGAUCUUCAAAGGGAGACAGUUCAGUAUCGCCAGUGGGGGCGAGUUGAAGCGGUCUCCCGGCGGAGGCACCACGUUCGAACUGCUAAUUGCCAUUGUCAAGUACCAGACCGUCAUCAAGAAGGUGCGGCAAGGGGUGUGUACCCGGUACAUCUCGGCCCUCCGCCUGGGCAGCAGCCUGAAGGUCCAGUUGCAGAAGGGAGGACUCAACUCAUCCGCCAACCAGCUCGUGGGCCCGACGGUGUUGAUUGGUCCCGGCACCGGGGUGGCACCCCUGCGGUCCAUGCUUUGGGAGAAAGCAGCCAUCGUCAAGGCGUAUCAGGAAGAGAAUCCGGGGGUGGAGCUCUCCAUCGGCCCAACGCUGCUGCUCUACGGAGGUCGCAACCAGGACGCCGACUUCUUCUUCGCGGACGAGUGGCAGCGGCUGGGCGAGUUGAUCAAGCUGAAUGUGCUCACGGCGUUCUCGCGCGACCAGAAGCAAAAGGUCUACGUACAGGACAUCAUCCGGCAGAACUACGGGCUCCUCUUCAAACUGUUGCACGACAUGGCGGGGUCGGUGUAUAUCUGUGGCUCGUCGGGGCAGAUGCCGAAGGCCGUGCGGGGGGCGCUGACGGACGCGUUCCAGCACGGGGCAGAGGUGGAAACGGACCGGUUCAACGAGCAAGGCGCCGAGCAGUAUCUGCUGGGGAUGGAGAAGACGGGGCGUAAGCCAUCUGCUCCUCGAUUUAUCCCUCUCCUCGAGUCUUCUUCCCUAUCCACACUAUCCAGAAUGAGUGGCCUACGGAUCCUGGUCCCCGUCAAGCGGGUGAUCGACUACGCGGUCAAACCCCGCGUCAACAAGGCCAACACGGGCGUCGAAACCGCCGGCGUCAAACACUCCCUGAACCCGUUCGAUGAGCUCUCUGUCGAGGAAGCCAUCCGGCUGCGCGAGCGCGGCGCCAAGAACCAGAGCCCGAUGAAGGUGGAAAACAUCCUGGCCCUCUCCGCUGGCGGAGCCAAGUGCGCCGAUACGCUCCGCACGGCGAUGGCGAUGGGCGCGGACCGGGCGUUCCACGUGGACGUGGGCGACAGCCCCGACGGCGGGCCCGAGCCCCUGACCAUCGCCAAGAUGCUGCAGGGCGUGGUCAAGUCCGAGAACAUCAACCUGGUGCUGCUGGGGAAGCAGGCCAUUGACGGCGACCAGGGUCAGACGGGCCAGAUGCUGGCGGGCUUGCUGGGGUGGCCGCAGGCCACGCAGGCCAGCAAGGUCGAGAUCAAGGAUGCGGAGGGCGCCGUGGAGGUCACGCAUGAGGUCGACGGGGGCGUUGAGACGCUGCGCGCGAAGCUGCCCCUCGUCAUCACGACGGAUCUGCGGUUGAAUGAGCCGCGCUACGCCACCCUGCCGAAUAUCAUGAAGGCGAAGAAGAAGCCCCUCGAGAAGAAGACGUUGGCCGACAUUGGGGUUGAGGAUAAGAAGCGCUUGAAGACGAUCAAGGUUACCGAACCCCCGGCGCGCCAGGGCGGUGGCAAGGUCGAGGAUGUCGACGGGCUGAUCGGCAAGCUGAAGGAGCUGGGUGCUCUGUGAGGGUGGAUCCGACUAGAUCUUAUCCAUCCUCUAUUGGGACUUGUGUAUGUUUACGAUUAGACCUGGUCCGGGAUCAGCUGGACUCUAUUAUUUUUUUUUCUCUCUUUUCU